AUGGCGUCGCUUAUUGCAGGAACAUGGUCCUGGAUCUCAUCCUCUGCGGAAGUCAUCUCCAAAGCCCGGGGGAUGACAGCCGGAAUCCACCGGUUGCUGCAACCAGACUUCGUGGAUUUGAGCGACGCGGACCGGCGCCGGCUGCUAGGCCUGCAGAGACGGGUCCAUGCCAUGGUGCAGCCUCUCAACUUCCUGCUGCUCUGGUCAAAGCAUCGCGACUGUCGGAUACAGCAGGUGGUGCUCGGCGCUCAAGAGCUGCUCUUUGACAUCUAUUCCUUUAUUGAGUGCUUCGCCAGCGAUGAAAGCCCCAGGGGCAGCCAGACUGGACCGAAGCGUCGGGGCAGCAGCAGCAGCAGCAGCCUGACAAAGUCAGAGCAAUUGGAUUUCUUUCUUCGUGAGUUGGACUUCACCUGCAUGUCGGUGAACAUGGCAAUUUGCAUGGAGGGAGCGACACCCUCAACGGGGUGUCUUGGCGAUGUGUCUCCGCUUGCUCUGCUUCGUGCUCAUCGGCGCAUCAAGGAAAUGCAGGGUCGCAGCGGCCAUUUGUGCACUCUCACGGGUUGUCUCUACCAAGACCUGGAUGGGGGUUUAGAGACAGACCGUGACGUUGCAUGUCGAGCUGAAGAAUGGCGGAAUCACUGGACCCCGGCACUGUCUCUUGCCACUUUCAAGGUGGUCGCAAAGCUUGCUUCGGAGAGGAGGUACCACCUCGAGGUGGAGAGCCGACUGCCACUAAGUCAGGGUGAUUUGCCGUUUGUGCGCCCGAGUGAUGAGGAGACGGCUUUGGCUGUGGGUUUGAAUUCUUUUACGCGAAUGGAGUUUCCAAUUCGUACAGCCUGUCGUGCCACCCUUCUCACGACGGGUCAUCUACGCCUCGCUACGGCAUCGCCAAGCGGUCCAAAAGACACGCUCGUGGAUUCCUUGGCCUUAGUUUGGGACCAAGAAGGUGACUUGGGGGAGCAGCGAGAUAGAUCACAGCCAAAGAAGGGUCGACGAUUUGCGUUUGUGUUCGAUGGGCGAAAUUCUGGCGGCGAUCGUGAGGCUUCAGGCAUUGUGCCGGAGCUUGCCAUAACACCUUUGGAUGCCAUCUAUCUGGCACGUCUUUGCGCUGUGGAUGCUGAUGCUGAGUUUGCAGCUCUGCACAAACCAUGCCGUGAACGGCGCGACGAAUUCCGAGGUGUGGGCAGUUCCGGCAGCAUGACUGCGACAGGAAUGGACGUAUCGGCUGCCAGACUCAUACUACGCGAUGCAGUUUCACCGACACGCGGCUCAUAG